CAUUGCAUGGCUCUGCGGGUGAGGGCGUCGCUUUCAGAGCCCGGGUGGUGCAUGGGGACGGGGGCGUCGGCACCCCCUUGCAAGGGGGCUCGGCAGGCUUUUGUGGGAGGCGGGGGCCUUCCCAGAGCCGAUGCGCCCGUGGUGUGCAGCUGCAAGUUAAUCAUUGACCCCCACGCCGGGGAAUUCCGCCUCCCAAGCCCUGGAGAAGGGUGAAUUUUCUGACAUCCUUUUCUAGUUAUAAUCUCCAUAUUUGGAAAUGUUUACCCAUGCCCUGAUCUAUUGGAAGGGGAGGGGAGGUGACUCAGGCCUGGUGGAAGUUUGGAAUUCCUGGACUCAGGAUAAGCCCCCCUUUCUCUCUCCCUCUGUCCCCCCGCCCCCCUUCGCCUUUCCUUGUGGCCGGGCUUAGAGUUUGCUCAUGCCUGGAGCCAGUUCCAAAUUUGUUCUGCUCCAGGACAAAGCGUUCCUGGGGAAGGAGCCCAGCGGACUCGAGCCCCCCUUGUUUUCUUUGUUUGCGCCCAUCGGACAGCCCUUCCCAGCUGCCCCCCCCCUCGAUUUUGGACGUGAGGCCAAGGACAGGAUCGUACUCUAGGAGCUGAGCGAUGUCUCGCCCCUCAUGGCUGCCCCCCAAGAACACCGGUGAACCGGUUGGUCACGUCACUGCAAGGAUGGAGACCACCCAUGCUUUUGGGACCCCCAGCAUUUCCAUUUCCACUCAGCAAACCCCCAAAAAGUUUGCUCCGGUGGUAGCUCCUAAGCCGAAGUACAACCCUUACCGGCCGGGGGAAGGAGAAGGUAACUUCCCGCCGCCCCCGCCGCCGCCCCCUCCGCUUCCCCCUUCGGCAGAGAGUCAGGCGGGCUUCCCACCACCCGCGGGGUCUUUCCUGCCACCUCCACCUCCUCCGGAUGAAGCUCUUUUCAACGUUCAGGUCAACUCUGGUGGCAAGACGCUGGAAGAGAGGCGCUCCAGCUUGGAUGCCGAGAUCGACUCCUUGACCAGCAUCCUGGCAGACUUGGAAAACAGCUCACCCUACAAGCCAAGGACUCAACAGACCCAGGGCACCGGGAUUUCCGGCGGGUCUCCAGGGGCCACGCCCACAGUGUCCACUCCGGUCACCGGACACAAACGCAUGGUCAUUCCAAACCCGCCCCCUUUGACCGCCACCAAAAAGUCAGCCUCCAAGCCCAGCGCCCAGCCGAUCCCGGUGACGCCCGUUGGCCCCCUGAGACCUCAGCCGGUUCCGGCAUCUUACACCACGGCCUCCACCCCCACCCGGCCCGCCUUCAACGUGCAAGUGAAAUCAGCUCAUCCUGCCCCCCACUUCCCGCCAUCGGCUCCCCAGUAUAGCAGCGGGGCCCCCCAGCCUGCUUCUUCGGUGGGGCCGGGAUCCUAUGCCCCGGCUCAGCCCCGGGCACCCGAUUACGGUUAUGUGCCAGCACCAAGCUAUGGUUCCGCGCCACUGCCAGGUCGCCAGCAAGAGCCAGCCCAUCCCGGGAGUGCAACCCUCAGGGGCUGGGAGGCAGCUGACCCUUCCUACGGGCCCCCAAGCGCCUGGAAGCCUGAGCCAGCGUACCCUCCAACUGUUGGGCAGUACCCGUCCUCUGGAGCCAGGAAGACCCACGGCUUCGACCCAGCGCCAGCCCCUCAGCCGCCCGCAUUGCAACCAAAGACCGAACAUGCUGGGCCAAGUCCAGGAUCUGCAUUUAGACCGGAGGACGAACUAGAACACUUGACCAAAAAGAUGCUGUAUGACAUGGAAAACCCCCCUUCAGAGGAAUACUUUGGUCGCUGUGCACGCUGUGGAGAAAAUGUUGUGGGAGAAGGAACAGGAUGCACCGCGAUGGAUCAAGUUUUUCACGUUGACUGUUUCACCUGCAUGAUUUGCCGUAACAAACUCCGGGGACAACCCUUCUAUGCUGUGGAGAAGAAAGCCUAUUGUGAGCCUUGCUACAUUAAUACCCUGGAACAAUGCAGCGUGUGUGCCAAGCCCAUCAUGGAGCGCAUCCUGCGGGCCACCGGCAAAGCUUACCACCCCCACUGCUUCACCUGUGUGAUUUGCAACCGCAGCCUGGAUGGCAUCCCGUUCACCGUGGACGCCGGGGGGAACAUUCACUGCAUUGAGGAUUUCCACAGGAAAUUUGCUCCACGAUGCUCCGUCUGCAAGGAGCCCAUCAUGCCUGCCCAGGGUCAGGAGGAAACCGUCCGGAUCGUGGCCUUGGACCGCGACUUCCACGUCCACUGCUACCGGUGUGAGGACUGCGGUGGGCUCCUGUCCGAAGGUGACAAUCAAGGCUGCUACCCGCUGGACGGCCACAUCCUGUGCAAGAGCUGCAACUCGGCCCGGAUCCAGGCGCUGACCGCCAAGGCCAGCACAGACCUCUGAGCGGGGCGAGGAGGGAGCACGGCGCUGGUCACCCGAGGUCCGAGGGCUGCUCCCAGGGGCUGUCCUGCACGUCGCUUUGCCCUCCCAGCCACACUACUGACCCAAACCGAUUGCGCACUCACUCUGCACCCACGGCUGUCUGGGAAAGGUAUUUCUGGGUGGGGCACGAAGACGCUUCCAUCGGGGCUUCUCGGCACCCCCUGGAACGACCAUUCCCAGGAUUCUCGGAGAGAUGUCACGUCACAUUUACUGCACAUCUGGUUAGCUUUUGCAGUGCAGAUAUCUUCCCAAAGCUAAGAUAACUUCAGUCCAGGGGUGUCCGGGUGGGGGGAGUCAAAAGACGGGGGUCACGGCUGCACAUUUGAAACCCUGCCCCUUUCUACGUGCAUUGCUUUGAUUGCUCUGCCAUCAUGGCUUUUCUGACUCCCCUCCGGGCGUCCUUUUUCAGCCGGUCUAGAGAAAACACCAAGGUUUCUCCCUGGCCUCUCUCCCCUUUCCGCUUCAUCAUAUCUUCCGCCAGAAAUCCAUUUUUCCUGCCAAAUGCCUUUUAUUACCCAGCCGUGGAACCCCAGCCACAGAUUGCGUGAGGCUUUUAUCUUUCCCAGGCCGCCAAGUCCUGAGCGUGUUUUGCACAUAAAUAUAUAUCAAAAUUCACUUUAUAUCCAACCCAGCACUCCCGUAUGGUAACCUGCCCUGAUAUUUUACAAGUGCCUGAAAGGGGAAGGGAAGCGAGCGAGGACUCCCAGCGAGGACAAAGGGGUGGGGAAACGAUGGGAAUGGGAGGCGCCCGUCUCGCUCACCCCAGGCUCAAAAUAAUCUUCCUCAGGGCGGAGACGUGGUUACCAGAAUAAAUGUUCUGGUUUUAG